UUGGUCUGGCCUUGAUAGACUGCUGUGUGUUUUUUUCUUUAAGGAACUGAGCUCAGUUUGCCAGUUGUGUGUCAACAGGCUGAGCGAGAAACUAGCCCUCGAUACAACUCGGUACGUGGAACUGAUAACACACAUGUUAUCGUGUUGGGGAAAAGCCGUAGGACUCGUUUUGGAAGUUCAGUCUUGUUCGGUGUAUCCAGACUAAAAUGAAUUCGCCUGGACACGAAGCCCCCUGAGCAUGAUGGACAUGUGAAACUUGACUCUGCAGUAGGCAGAUGCAACUCCCAGGCUGGAUUGAAUGGCACUGAGGAUACAAGACUGUGACUUAGUGGGAGUACUGCAAUGACUAGCCGGCCUCCUAGCCAUGCAGAGAGCGCUCACCCCACAGAAAAACCGCCACCUGCCUUGUCCCCCAAGCUCCAUGUCCAGCGAUCGCCAUCAAAGGACGCCAUCACCAUCCACUUCUCAGCUCUUGGGAAAGAGGAAGAGGAGGAGGAAGAAGAUCUGUACAGGACAACUGUCUCCACUGCCUUAGCCGAUCAGGAUAGCUCAGACAUUGUGACAGCCUUAGAAGCAAGUGAGGAGAUGUUUGAAAGCGUGCCAUUGGACGCUGCAGACAACGUUGGUGUCAUGCCUGAACCCUCUAGACUGUCUCCAGUUCCUGGACAUCACACUAACUGUCCUCCCACACAAACUUUGCCAUCGCAAAAUGUUGAGCAAAAAGGCUCAAAAUUGAAUUCCUUUCCACCUAAAUCUUUGAGCUUUCCCUCCAGUGACAAACCCUUCCUUAGCUUGAUGAAGUCUCUCUCCUUUGACACUGAGUCUCGUGACGGGAUCCCUUCAGUUGACGCUCCUAAAGUAAGAAAUAGGCACCUGAUGAAGACUCUUGUCAAAUCUGUAUCUUCAGAUACAUCCCAGGAGCUGUCCUCCUCCUCCUCCACAACCCACCGUCUUCCAGAAUCCCGCCUUAACCUGCAACUCUUCAAGCAAUUCAAACAGUCCCGGGUGCCGUCUGCUACCACGUCGUCAGCCGGCGAUUCUAAAACCGCUCCUUCUUCUCCUUUAACCUCACCAGAAAACCGCAGCUUCUUUAAAGUCUCAGAUGUGGAGGCGAGAUAUGAAGACACUAAGCGACGUUUCUCUGAGGUCAUCUCCGAACCGCUCCAGCUGCUGAGUAAGAUCAUGGAUGAAAAGAGUGGCAGCUUAGCUUGCAGCAGUAUUUACUGGCCCAAGGCCCACUCUGCCAGUGCCUUAGAACUCUCCAACAUUACUUCUAUCAAUGGUCACCUGGAGAGGAACAACAAUUACUGCAUCAAGGAGGAAGAAGGAGGUGACCUAGAGGCUGAGAGCCCCAACAGCUUGGCUUCUGGUCCCGCUGAAUCACCUGUUCCCCCCUCUGUUGACACAAAGAGCCCCAAAAAAUCUGUACUUUCCAUGUCGUUGGACAAAUGCUCUAUGUCCACUCUUGCUAAACAAGACUAUGAGGACUUUUGCAUCCUGUACAGUGAGGACUUUGAGAAUUGUACUGAUACAGAAGGUGACGGUGGUGAUAGAACUGAUGAUACUGGAACUGGGAGUCAAACUAAAAUGCCACUAAGUGGUAGUUCUGAUCCAUGCAGUGAAGAUGAACCUGAAAGCAUUGAGCCGGCACCUAGUGUCCCACACUAUACUCUCAUCUUCCUUACUGUACUGGUCUAUGGGUAUUUUGUAUUACCUCUACCAAGUUACAUAGGAGGAGUGCUUCUUGGGAUUGGGCUGGGAUUCCUUUUAGCCAUUGGUGUUGUGUGGAUGACUGGACCAAAACCUUCUGGCAGUACUUUAAUACAUUCCAGACACCUUAGGAAGCUGUGGAAACCCAAAAAGUUGGACAUUAAGGAACCAGAAAUCUAUAAGGGCUGGAUGAAUGAGAUAUCGAACUAUGACCCAGAGACAUACCACGCCACACUGACCCACUCUACGUAUGUCCGCCUAGAGGGCUCCAUCAUUCGUUUGUCUAAACCCAACCAUAACAUCGCCCGCCGUGCCAUACACAAUGAAUCAAAACCCGAUAUCACCUUCAUCAGUCAGAAGAUCUAUGACCUCACCAACAGCAAAGUAUAUCUAGCACCUCAGAGUCUGGCCAGGAAGCGUAUAUGGAACAAAAAAUACCCCAUAUGCAUUGAACUUGGCAAACAGGAGGACUUCAUGUCAAAGGCCGAGGGUGACAGGUUGGAGCCCAGUGAGAGCUUCAACACAAGGGACAGAGGAGAGGGGACAGGAGGAGCACAGGAGCAAGUAUGGUCGUCUUCGUCCAGUAGAGACCUGACCCUCUUUCUGUUCGGAAGGACUGGGAGAGAGAAGGAGGAGUGGUUCCAGAAGUUUCUAUCAGCUUCCCAGCCAAAGGAGGACUUAAAGAAAGCUUCAAGUGUUGCCGGGAGUAAAAGUGCUCAGACCUCUCACAGCCGCAGCAGCAGCCGCGGCAGUCUGGAUGAGGCACUGGCCCCUCAGCCCAGGUCAAAGGACUCCUCAGUCUCCUCAACAACAGCAGGCGGUGCCAAAACCAAACCGCUAGUGGACUACAAUGUAUACAUGGCCUCCUUACUGCCAAAACAGGCGGUAGUCAGCCCUGCAGCUGCGAGCUCUGCUCUUCAGAGUCCUCAGAGCAGCCCUGGGGCUGAAAAGAAGCUUCAGAGCACCAGUUCAUCGCAGGUGACGCCCAGGGAGGUUGAGGAGGAGGAGGAGGAGAAGAAAAAGAAGGAGGAUUCCGUUGCCUGGGUGAAUGCAGCUCUGGGCCGGGUCUGCUGGGACUUCCUGACCGAGCCGUAUUGGGCUGAACUGGUCUCCAAGAAGAUUCAAAUGAAGCUCAGUAAAAUACGGUUACCUUACUUCAUGAAUGAGCUAACCCUGACAGAACUGGACAUGGGCUCGGCCACUCCCAGAAUCCUUGGGGCAUCCAAACCCUCUAUCGACUACAGAGGUCUGUGGUUUGACCUAGAGAUUUCCUACAGUGGUUCCUUUCUGAUGACCCUGGAAACCAAGAUGAACCUCAUUCGCCUGGGCAAGGAGGGCGAAAGCGUCCGCGAUGGGGAAAUUGGCAAAGAUGGAUACAGGCCGCGGACAUACUGCCUGGCUGAUAGUGAUGAAGAGUCUUCCAGCGCAGGCUCGUCAGAUGAGGAAGACUCCUCAGAGCUCUCAAAUGACUCAGCUGGAGCAGAAGGUUUGGUCGGAGGCCACAAACCCAGCAAGAUCAUGCGCUUUGUGGACAAGAUCACCAAGUCCAAAUACUUCCAGAAGGCCACAGAGACCGAGUUCAUCAAGAAGAAGAUGGAGGAAGUGUCCAACACACCCCUUCUGCUUACAGUGGAGGUGCAGGAACUCCAGGGAAUGCUUGCUGUCAACAUACCCCCUCCACCCACGGACAGGAUAUGGUAUGGCUUUAGGAAGCCGCCUCACCUGGAACUGAAGGCUCGGCCCAAACUGGGAGAACGAGUCGUCACCCUUGCUCACGUUACGGACUGGAUAGAGAAAAAACUGGACCAGGAAUUCCAGAAAGUCUUUGUAAUGCCAAACAUGGACGACAUAUGGCUGACUGUCAUGCACUCUGCCAUGGACCCACGCACAGCCGGCGGACCCUUGGUUGGCCCCGCAGUGGACCCAGAGCCUCCCCAGCCAGGGAAGGAUGGUCCCAGCCAGCCAUGAAGAUUGUUUACAGUAUUUCUUAGAGCUUAUGAAGUUUCAACUGGAACUGGAGCCAAAGUGGAUAGGUUAGACACUAAUAUGAAUCCAGUGCCCUAGUGAGUGGGCCUCUCACUUGCCAUGGAGGAAACCUUAUGAAUCUUAAAGGAAUAAGGUGGAUUCGACCAAGGAAACACUAAAAGCAAACUGUCGCUUGCUGCUCUGUUCAGUAGUAUUUAUUGUGCCAGAGGAAAAGGUGAUCGAUGAAGGAUUUAUA